GCAGUUAUUACAUUAUCAUACUGUAAGUAACAUUAAAGGUUCUUCGUAAUGUUCAAUCUGUUGUAAACAACGUUCCGACAGUUGCGGUCCCUACAGUAGCGUCGGUCCCGGAACCAUAUGGUGUUUGUCCAGGUGUGAUGACAUGUCCCUACAGGCUGUUCUGCAGCAGAGGAUAGGCUCUGCCCAGGCCCUACUGCAACAGGCGGAGCAACUCUGUCCAGGAGUCCAGGGGCACCAAAAGCUCUGCUCCAAGCUGCGUGCCGAGCUGCGCUUCUUACGGCGGGUGGAGGCUGGGGAACUGCAGGUGAAGGAGUCUCACCUGCACAGCACCAACUUGACCCACCUGACUGCCAUUGUGGACUCGGCCAAGAGCCUGGAGGAAGUGGUGGCACUGCUGCAGGUCUUCACCUACCAGGAUGUCACCGGCCACCGCUGCACGCUGGUGGUGGAUGUGGUGGCCAGCGGGGGGCGCACCUGGGUAAAGGCUGUGGGCAGGAAAGCAGAGGCGCUGCAUAACAUCUGGCAAGGGAGGGGUCAGUACGGCGACAAGAGCAUCAUCCGGCAGGCAGAGGACUUCCUGCAGGCCGCCCACCAGCAGCCCAUCCACUACCAGCCCCCCCAGGUUGUCUUCGCCUUCUACAAUGGCGUGUCCAGCCCCAUGGCUGACUGCCUCCGAGACAUGGGUGUGUCUAUUCGCGGGGACAUUGUGGCGGUCAACAGUGUGGUGAUGGAUGAUGAUGACGAUCCUGAGGAGGAGGAUCUAGAAGAUGAGGAGGAAGAGGAUGAAGGGGCAGAGCUUACCCGGGUGGACAGCAGCACAGUGGUGGCCCACAUGGCAUUCCCGGCACAGGUACAGAUGAAAGAGUGUCGGCGCGUUAACCUGGAUAUCACCACACUCAUCACGUAUGUGUCAUCGCUGAGCCACGGCCGCUGCCACUUGGCCUUUCGUGAGCCGGUGCUGACGGAACAGGCGGCGCAGGAGCGACAGCAGCAGGUGUUGCCCCUACUUGAUGCCUUCAUGGAAGGCAAAGAGCUGUUCGCCUGCGGUUCUGCCAUUCAAGACUUCCAGCUCAUUCUGGACACGCUGGGUGGUCCUGCAGAGAAGGAGCGUGCUCAGAAGCUGCUAGCCCGCCUCCAACUGGUGGAAGACCAGCCAUCGGAGCGCACAAUGCGUCUCACACCCAGUGCCAAAAUCAACCGUCGCUCACUCAUGAUCUUCGGCAGCGGAGACUCACUGAAAGCCGUCACCAUGACGGCAAACAGUCGCUUUGUAAGGGCAGCGGCCAAUCAGGGCAUUCACUACAGUGUCUUCAUUCACCAACCCAGAGCGCUGACGGAAGGUAAAGAGUGGAGGGCCACGCCCGUCUGAGGACGCCCUGCCCACAUGAGGAGACUGUGUGGACACAGCAAGGGCUGAUGGAAAUUUGAGUUGAAGUUGGGAUGAUCAGCUGGCUGCUGUAUUUUCAGUUUCUGAUUGUUGACAAAGAUUAAUAAAGAAUCUC